AACAAAGUCAUUUUAAUUUAACAGUUGGGGUUCAGGAGUUUAGGCUUCAUUGAAAUCUCUCUUCGCCUCUCUUUCUCUCUCUUCCUGGUGCUCCAUCUUAUUGCCGAACAAGAAGAAAACUCAGCAGCUAAUUACUGAAAAGGAAGUAUGACGGUACGACAUUAGUAGGUUAUCAGUACAAGUUUUGUGAGGAUAUUAGAGUAGUAUGUACUAUGUGGAGUAGUUGUUUAAUGGUUCAGCAAUUUCCUUCAAUAUUAGGGUUUUUGUAAUUCAUGAGAAGAUAUGCACCAAUUUUUUUAAGGAAAUUAUCAUAUAAUAAUCUUAAAGGUUUGGUUCAUGCGAAGGAUUGUCAUGAGCAGUUUUCGAUUUCCUUUGGAGAUCAGGCUUUCUGCCUGUCAACUAGGUCCCAUGUUUGGGAAUGUGAAGAAGGAAAACACAUUGAUGCAAUUCGAAUACCCCAUGAUGGGGAACUUCUCCUCAAGGAUAGGGGUUUUAGGACAAGUCAACAAGUGCUUGAACUUGUUCAACGAGGUUGUCUUCAACCUGACCCCUUUUUGUAUAACAGAUUACUGAAAGAAUGUGUGGAGUUGGGUGAUCUUAGAGAAGGCAGAAAUGUUCACGCACAUGUCCUUAAUUCUGAAUUCAAGGAAGAUAUUGCUACCCAGAAUAGCAUCAUCGACAUGUAUGCUAAGUGCGGAGAAUUGGGUGAGGCUCGAAAAUGUUUUGAUGAGAUGCCAACUAAGGACAUUGUUACUUGGACUACUAUGAUUAUCGCUUAUACAAAGAAUGGUAGGCUUAAGGAAGGUCUUUCUUUGUUUCCUAAGAUGCUUUAUUACGGCUUGAAACCUAACAACUUUACCUUCUCCAGCCUCCUCAAGGCCUCCGGAGCAAUAACUAAUGCCAAACAUGGAAUGCAUAUACAUGCUUUUUGCAUCAAAUAUAAUUGUGAGUCAGAUGUCUAUGUUGGAACUUCUCUUGUGGAUAUGUAUGCAAGAUGUGGUUAUAUGGAUGAAGCACAAUCAAUAUUUGACAGACUUGUGUGCAGAAAUGAGGUCUCUUGGAAUGCCCUAAUUGUUGGCUAUGUUAGAGAGGACAGAGGAGAGGAAGCUCUGAAAUUGUUCCAAAGGAUGAAAAGGGAAGAUUUUGAGCCUAGUGAUUUUACAUAUUCCAUUGUGCUCAAUGCAUGUGCCAGCGCAGGAGUUUUUGACCAAGGCAAGUGGAUGCAUGUUCAUGUGAUAAAAUCCGGGAUGAGGCUUGUUGCUUUUGUUGGGAAUACUCUUCUUCAUAUGUAUGCAAAGUGUGGGAGCAUUGAGGAUGCAGAAAAGGUGUUUACUAGAUUGACAGAGCGAGAUGUUGUUUCGUGGAAUUCGUUGUUGACUGGCUAUGCCCAACAUGGUCUAGGGCACAAAUGUUUGAAGCAGUUUAAGAACAUGCUCAAAAGUGGAAUAGAACCUAAUGCAGUAACAUUUCUUUGCUUGCUUACUGCUUGCAGCCAUGCUGGGCUCUUGGAACAAGGACAAUAUUAUAUUAGCAUGAUGAAAAGAUAUGGUAUAGAGCCUAACAAUGAGCAUCAUGUCACAGUUGUCGAUUUACUUGGUCGAGCUGGUAAACUUGAUCAAGCGAUGAACUAUAUUAGGGGUAUGCCCAUUCAACCUGUUGCAGAGAUAUGGAAAUGUCUGCUAAGUGCAUGUAGGACGCAUAGGAACUUGGACUUGGGUGUUUAUGCCGCUGAACGUGUUUUUGAACUCGAUCCUUAUGACUCGGGUCCCUAUGUGAUACUUGCAAAUAUUUAUGCUUUAUCUGGUAGAAGGAACGAUGUUGCUAAGGUAAGAAAAAUGAUGCAGCAGUGUAGUGUAAGGAAGGAACCUGCUUGUAGCUGGGUGGAGGUUGAGAAUGCAGUCCAUUUGUUUGUUGCAGAUGAUGAUACUCAUCCUCAGAGCAAAGAGAUUUAUGAAAAGUGGGAAAGUAUAAGUUCAAAAAUCAAAGAAAUUGGGUAUGUGCCUGACACAAGCCAGGUUCUCUUGUUUGUGAAAGAGUGUGAGAGAGAAGCAAAAUUGCAGCAUCAUAGUGAAAAGCUUGCCUUGGCAUUUGCUUGUCUACAUACACUGCCUAAAUCCACCAUCCGGAUUAAUAAGAACAUCCGAGUAUGUAGUGAUUGUCAUUUAGCUUUUAAGUUUGCUUCAAUGGUACUCGAAAGAGAAAUUAUAGUGAGAGAUACAAACCGUUUCCAUCAUUUUCGAAAUGGUUCUUGCUCUUGUGGGGAUUACUGGUAGUGUUAAAGAUCUAACAACCAUAUACUUAAUCUCUUAGAUAGUGUAUAUAUCAGUGUGCUAAGAGUUAUGUGCUUGUGAAGUUCGGUACUGUAAACUUGUGGAGCAGAGUUCUGAUUCAUCAAAGAGGAGCUGGAAUAUAUUGGGCUUUUUUGCUACAUGAGAUACUACUAACAAUAGGAUUCUCUUGUGAAGAAGUACAAUUUAUGCCAGUGGAUGCAAGAAGUGAAAAAUGUGCUGAAAACGGUUGCCUUCGAAACUUCUCAAGGUGUUAUUCACAUAUCGGGGUUUUCUUCUUCUUUUUCCCCUCCUGUGUAUCGUUUAUUUGUAACCACCAUUGACCAUCAGCUAUAGCCUAUAUGCAUAUUAGUAUUGUCUCUG